GAUUCAAAAUGAUUAAACAUCACUUUUUAAAUAUCAUGAAGUAAAUUCAAAUAGUAUUAAUCCUUAUGAAAUUUACCCUUUUAUUUAUUAGUAGGAGUUACAGUAAGCAAUUGAGUUGGUAUUAGUGAUAUAUAUAAACUAUAUUAAAAGUGAAUACUACAAAUUAACCCAAGAGAAGAAUAUCUAAAUCAAAUAUUUGAGAACGAUGAAUAAAUAUCAUCAUCAAUAUCGUUAUUAUGGUCAUUGGUAUAGAAAUAGAUAGGGCAGUGACAUUGAGAGCGGCCAUAGGAAACAACAACAUGGAGGGAAUCCGGUCAAGCUGUGUUCUAAGCUGUUAUUCUUCUUCUUCUAAAUCUCAUCUCAGAUUAGUUCAUCAUCAGCCGUUUGAGUAUCCAUUUCUGUGCUUGCCCAAGCGUCGAUACCUCCUCACACAGCCCGGAAUUCGAAGCUCUCUCCAGGCCCAGAACCAACAAUCUUUUCACAAAUCCAAAGAAAUGCUCCCAAAGAUUGACAAGAGUGGCCGCUUUUGCAGCCCCAGAGCCGCCCGGGAGCUUGCUUUAUUAAUAGUUUACGCGGCGUGUUUGCAAGGCUCUGACCCUAUUCGACUAUUUGAGAAACGAAUUAAUGCAAGCAGAGAACCUGGUUAUGAAUUUGACAAGGCCUCGUUGAUGCGAUACAAUCACAUGAGCUUUGGAGGACCUCCUGUUACUACACAUUCCGUUGAAGAAGCUGAUGAGCUUUUGCGCAGUGAUGAGCUGGAUUCUGCUAUUGAGGCAGAAGUUCUUUCAGCUCCUCCAAAGUUGGUGUACAGCAAGCUACUUUUGCGUUUCACAAGGAAACUUUUGGUAGCAAUUGUGGACAAAUGGGACAGUCAUGUUCUUGUUAUUGAUAAAGUUGUGCCAUCAAAUUGGAAGAAUGAGCCAGCCAGCAGGAUUUUGGAGCUUUGUAUUCUUCACUUGGCAAUGUCGGAGAUAAUUGUUCUUGGAACACGGCACCAGAUUGUCAUUAAUGAGGCUGUUGAUCUUGCCAAGCGGUUCUGCGAUGGGGCAGCACCACGAGUAAUCAAUGGGUGCCUACGGACCUUUGUGAAGGAUUUUGCUGGGAUUGGCAUAGCUCAGGCCCCAAACUCUAAACAGGACGUGCCAGUUGAAGUGUGAAGUGAAUUUAUUUAAGGUUGUCUUCUGCUUCUCGUCUGUCUGCGACGAAAGGUUGUCUUUAUGUAGUGUAUUCUUCAGCUGAUUUUGGAAAGCGUCCUUGGUAUCUUUUAGUGAAGUUCACACAGCACAAUGCUGCAUAUCAAGUGACUGACUUAUUGUAACAGGGUGCAGCGAAUUAAAAGCCCGAAUUUUUGGCAAUGAUUGACAUUUGACGGCUGAAGAUUUUGUAUAUGAUUAUGCUGUAGUUGGUAUAUUUAUGUAUAACAUAAAAUUAUAUAUGAAUCACCUACAUCAUUCUUAGA